AUGGAGUAUUUCUCUGCUAAGACCAAUUCAACAGACCUACUCCAACAGUUCUCCAAUCAACCGCAAAUAAUUCUCUCCAUGGUCUUGCUCAGCCUCACUUUCUUACUGGGCCUGCCUGGCAAUGGGCUAGUGUUGUGGAUCACUGGCCUAAAAAUGCGCCAGACAGUGAACACAGUUUGGUUUCUACAUCUCACACUGGCAGACUUUCUCUGCUGCCUCUCCCUGCCCUUCUCCCUGGCCCACUUGGCUCUCCAAGGACACUGGCCCUAUGGCCAGUUCCUGUGUAAACUCCUCCCCUCGGUCAUCAUCCUCAAUAUGUUUGCCAGCGUCUUCCUGCUGACGGCCAUCAGCCUGGAUCGCUGUCUCCUAGUGCUCCAGCCAAUCUGGUGCCAGAACCAUCGCAGUGUGAGGACAGCCUAUGCUGUGUGUGGGUGCAUCUGGGCAGCGUCUCUCAUAAUGUGUAUUCCUGUGUUCGUAUACCGGGACGUGAUCACGACAGACCAACGUAGUAUAUGUGAAUACAAUUUUGAUCAACACAGUUCUUUGGACUUUGCAGACUAUUUCUCUAACCUACUGGAAAAUGAGACUCUGGUCCAUGCCACUGUCAAGCUGCCUGACCACCCAUCGCAAGCACCCGAUGACAUUGAUGCUUUUCUUGAUAGGAAUUUUAGCAACUACUUUUAUGGGCUAUAUAUGGAUUAUAAUGAAAGCCUGUCUACAUAUGGUAAUCAAAUGACAAUACCCUGGAUAGCUAUAACCUUCACUAGGCUGGUUGUGGGUUUCCUGCUACCCUCUCUCCUCAUGAUCGUGUGUUAUAGCCUCGUUAUCUUCCGAAUACGACAGGGCCGCUUUGCCAAGUCUUGGAGCAAAACUUUUCGAGUGGCUGUGGUGGUGGUGGUGGUCUUCCUUAUCUGCUGGACUCCCUACCAUGUCUUUGGAGUGCUGACGUUGUUUGCUGUCCCAGGAACUCCCUUUCAGCAAGUGCUGCUGUCCUGGGAUUCUGUGUCCCUUGCUCUAGCCUCUGCCAACAGUUGCUUCAAUCCCUUCCUCUACGCCCUCCUGGGGAAAGAUGUUAGGAAGCAAGCCAAGCAGUCUCUGCAGGGCAUUCUGGAAGCAGCCUUCAGUGAGGAGGUCACACACUCUACCAUCUGUACUGCAAACAAAGUCUCUCUGGAUAAAACCUAUGUCACUACAACUGUGUGAAUUUAGGGAGCAGUUGACACAAUUUUCGGGUGUUUACUCAGUGCGGUGUAUUUCUAGAAGGACAAGGUGAGCAGGGUUUU